AUGUUUUAAAAUUUGAUGCGCUAGAGGAAUGAGAGUAUUAAGAAUUUUUUAAAUUAUUGAUUUGAUUAGUAAAUGGUUCUUAUCGAAAACGGUACAAUUGAUAACACACUAAUUCAACGGUGAGGGAAGGGUGUCCAGGGGCCAGUGACGAGUAUUUGUUUCCCACAUUCGUAUCCGAAAUUUCGUCGUUGGUAUUCACGCGAAGAGUCCGACACCUGCUGCCAUUAAAACGACAAUAUUUCAUUUAUGAAUGGAAGGUGAUCAGUUAGAUUUUGAAGACCCUUCUUCAUCUCUUGAAAAGACUGAUUCUACCAGUCAAAGUCCAACCAUGUGUCCUGUUGUGUUGGAAGUAGCAGAACAAGAACUGAUCAUUGAAGAAUCAGCUCCAACCACUGAUUCUGAUGAAAUUGGUAUUGCUAAUAUUGAAAUUAACAAUGUAUUUAGUCUCCAUUUAGUUGAUGAAACAUGUACAGAUCAGGAUCUUUACUCUGAUGAGAGUCCUUUACCUGGUGGUUGGGUCAAUGAUGAAUGGACAGAUGCUUCUUGUGAACAUGAAGAUGCUUCAAGUGUCAAUGGCGUUGUGAGAAAAAGAAAAAUAUCAAAUUCUACAUUAACGUCUGAAGAUUUUCCGUCCAAAAAACAAUAUUAUGAUCAAAAUAAUUUGACUCAUGAAAGACUGAUACCUAAAUUGGUUGAAAAUGAAUUAGAUAAAGUAGAUAAAAUUAAAAUACGUCGAAGUUGUAUACCGUCCAAAGAUAAUCCUCCUGAAGAAAUGAUGGAAUGGUUAAAAACUUUUACGAAAUGGUCAAAUGCAGAAAGAAUGUUAGCUAUAGAUAUGUUGGUGGAUGAAUGUGAACCAACUCAAGUCCGCCAUAUGUUACAGCUUAUUGAACCACAGUUUCAAAGAGACUUCAUUUCUUUACUUCCUAAAGAAUUGGCUUUAUAUGUUUUAUCAUAUUUGGAGCCUAAAGAUUUAUUAAAAGCAGCUCAGACGUGUCGUAGUUGGAUGUUCUUAUCAGAAGAUAAUUUACUGUGGCGUGAAAAGUGUUUAAAUGCUGGUAUACCAUUAAUGGAACAAUCUACUAUUAAAUGUUCCAAAAAUCAUUAUUCUACCUCACCAUGGAAGGCUUCAUAUAUGAGGCACCAUGCAAUUGAAAUGAACUGGAGAGUUAAACCGAUAAGAAUGCCAAUUAUACUGAAAGGUCAUGAUGAUCAUGUUAUUACAUGUUUACAAUUUUGUGGAAAUCAGGUUGUUAGUGGCUCUGAUGAUAAUACACUUAAAGUUUGGUCUGUUAUUACUGGAAAAUGUUUGCGUACUUUAGUGGGACAUACGGGUGGAGUAUGGUCUUCACAAAUGGCUGAUAAUGUAAUAAUUAGUGGUUCUACUGAUCGUACUUUAAAAGUAUGGAAUUCAGAAACUGGACAAUGUACACAUACAUUAUAUGGUCAUACUUCAACUGUCCGUUGUAUGCAUUUACAUGAAAAUAAAGUUGUUAGUGGUUCAAGGGAUGCGUCUCUUAGACUUUGGGACAUUCGAACUGGUCAGUGCUUAUCUAUAUUUUUAGGUCAUCAGGCUGCCGUACGAUGUGUUCAAUAUGAUGGCCGAUUAAUAGUUAGUGGUGCUUAUGAUUACCUAGUCAAAGUAUGGGAUGCAGAAAGUGAAACUUGUUUACACACAUUAUCUGGUCAUACUAAUCGUGUAUAUUCAUUACAAUUUGAUAGUACUCAUGUUGUUAGUGGGUCUUUAGACACUAGCAUAAGGGUAUGGGAUGUAGAGACUGGUACAUGUAAGCACACUUUAAUGGGACAUCAAUCUUUAACAUCUGGAAUGGAGCUAAGAGAUAAUAUUUUAGUGUCUGGGAAUGCAGAUUCUACUGUCAAAGUAUGGGAUAUACUUACAGGACAAUGUUUACAGACUUUAUCUGGUCCUAAUAAGCACAAUUCAGCUGUUACAUGUUUACAAUUCAAUACCAGAUUUGUAAUAACUUCUUCUGAUGAUGGAACUGUUAAAUUAUGGGAUGUUAAAACUGGUGAUUUUAUUAGAAAUUUAAUAGCCUUAGAAAGUGGUGGUAGUGGUGGAGUUGUUUGGCGGAUACGCGCAAAUGAGACUAAAUUAGUAUGUGCAGUGGGCAGUCGUAAUGGUACUGAAGAAACCAAAUUAUUUGUAUUGGAUUUUGACGCCGACUACAAGUAACAUCAAAUUUAACAUUUGGCAGUUUGCAUCACAUUUUUUUGUGGUUUAAGGAGAGUUACGAAUAUUUGGGACUGUUAUAAUUAAGAUUUAAAAUGUCCCUUAUAUAUUAUAAAUUAUCCAAUUUAAUCGUUAAAAUAAUGUUUCAGUAUUACGUUUUUUUCUUUCAUUUUUUUAUUUUUUUGAAGAGGAGGAGUUAAGAUUACCGGUUGGUCUAGAAAUAUAUAUACGGAGUGUUGAUUUGUGAUUUAUAGCACAAUAAAAUGUAGUUAUCAAUUCAUUUGCAUAUUUUAUUCUAGUCUUUGAAAGCAAUACAAUUUUCAGUAGUCAAGUAUAAUCAUAAUAUAUGGAUUUGAACAUACACGAUUAGCUAUGUAACAAUUUACAGUAUUUCUUUUUUUUUAUGUUGGUCAUAAAUAACAAUUAAAAAAAAGGAAAAAAAGUUAGUGAUCAAAUAGUAAAAUAUCUUAAAU